AUGAUUUGUUUUGGUACCACAAAAGGACUUGCCUCGAUCUCCAUCGAUGCCACGACAAAGAAAGUGAACGAGUCGUAUCUCAUCUCCGUCUUUAAGACAAUCGUACGACGUGGAGAGUACGGUGCGUCGGUUCGUAGGUUUUUACCGGCGGCUUUGGCUGAUCUAAAGGCUAAGAGAUAUGUUCAGGCAGUGUCUAACAUGAAAGAGGUUGUGACGGCGCCGAGUGUUUGUGGGGACCAGUGGGCCGGACAAUGUCUGUUACCGUUGGCCGGACGUAACAAAGACGUCCAUGAUAUAGCCGAUAUGACUAUUGACAUCAUCAGAACUUUUGUCAAUUAA